AUGUCUUGCUCGUCACCAAUCACCAGCGUCCCCGACCCUUCGGAAACCUCUUCCUCUCCACUCGCAUCAAUCAUAACACAAGUUCAGCCAAACCAAGCUUCUUCCCCCCGCAGCGCUAUCCCCCGUGCGAGUGCACAAGCUCUACCUAAAAAGAAGAAGAAGAAGAAGAAGAAGAAGAAAUCCACUUCCCCCACUACCUCCGCAGGUGCUGCUGUGGCGCAGGAGCAAGCUGUAGCAGAAGCAGCAAGACUCGGUUGCCAAGCAGCCCAUACCCAAGCCCGUUCCCAUUCUUCCUCCUCCCCUCUCACAACCGCAGGUGCAGCCGAGGAAGAAGCGGCUGGACAGCACUUGGAUCCACCUUGUUCGACUAUCGUUGCUAGUUCCAGUGCUGGGAAUACACUUACUCCCACAACCGCACCUGUUGGAGCGGAGCGGGUGGGGAAUGCGGAACAAGACAAAGCGGCGGCAGCGACAGAAAGUAGUCAUGAAACCCUGGAGAAGGAUGGAUUGAUUGAUGUCCCAACGAGCAAUCAAGGUGCUGCUCGUGCCACCGUCGGCAUCGUGGCGGCAAAGCAGGCAAGUACGACGGCGUCGGCUACUGCGAGUACUACCCCGAUCAAGACGGCUACCCCUAACCCUACUGCUACCACGGCGAGGAAUAAUGCCCGGGUGAGCAAGCAAGGAGGAAAGAAGCCAGGUUUGGCGGCGAAACUGAUGGCUUUUUUGACAUGUUCUAGUGCAUCCAGUGCGCAAGUACAGAGGGAGAUGUCUGAAAAGAAGCCUACACCCGCCGCCACUACCACUGCUUCAGCGAGGAAUGCAGCAGCUCCUACUACUCCCGCCGCAACAUCAACAGGAGCGGUUGUAGUACCCGCACCAACACCCAAUCCGAAAAACACUGCAAAUCCUAAGCCAGACUAUCCCACAACUCCUGGAGGAGGAACAAAGUUACCGGAAGCAGAAACAGGAGAUGUUAUGUCCGGAGCGGUUGUACCUCCCGGCUCGUCCUUUGUUACUGCUCCCGGUGGUGGUGGUGGGGAAGAUGAAAUGCGAAAAUCUCGUGCAUCGUCACUCCACCAUCCCGCUUCAAGUUGCCACUCGGGCGAUGAAACGCGCUCCGAAACCGACAAUGACGAUGGGGAAGAGGAGAUGGAGAUGGAAUCAGACUAUCUUACCGAUGAUCAGACUGAAGAACAACGUCUUAUCCUUUCCGGUGGAAUUGGGAUUCCUCUUGAUCAAUUCGGUAACGCCUGUCCUCUACUCCCCCCCAUUUUCACCCCUGAUUCCGGACGGAAAUGCCUCGUUCUCGACCUGGAUGAGACUCUGGUGCAUUCCAGCUUCAAAAUGAUCCAGAACGCAGACUUUAUCGUACCCGUAGAAAUCGAUGGAACUGUGCACAAGGUCUACGUGAUCAAACGUCCCGGUGUCGACGAAUUCAUGCGUCAGAUGGGUCUCAUCUACGAAGUCGUCGUUUUUACCGCUUCCCUUUCCAAAUAUGCAGACCCCGUGCUGGAUAUGCUGGACAUUCACCACAGCGUAAGACACAGGCUGUUUAGAGAAAGCUGUUACAACCACAAGGGAAACUACGUUAAGGAUCUGUCUCAGUUGGGAAGAGAUGUAGGGAAGAGUAUCAUCAUCGAUAAUAGUCCGGCGAGUUAUAUUUUUCAUCCUAACAAUGCGGUUCCUGUUAGUAGUUGGUUUAACGAUCCGCAUGAUACUGAGUUGACGGAUCUCAUGCCGUUUUUGGCCGAUCUCGCAAACGUCGACGAUGUUAGGGCUGUACUCGAUGGCACUUUGUAG